AUUGAUAAGGGAACCUGGGCUUAGGUGUUCCUCUCUCAUCUCUGAGUUUGGUGUGGGGCCAGGGAGGGCAGAUUUUCCUUGGUAGAGCCCUGGGUCUCCUAGACAGAGUGGGUAAAGCAACGGGGCCCCCACCUUCCUGAAGAAUGGAUGCUUCAGGGACUCUGACCCCACUGUGCCGUGGACCAGAGAGGAGCCAUGGAGUCCUGGGCAAGGUGCAUCUUUCUUCUCUUGCUGCAGAUCCUGACAGGAGGACAUGGAGAUAUAUUAAGGUCCCUCUGCAGUGUGGGGUCACUCCACUCCACAGGUGCUGGGAAGAUUGUGGGUGGCCAAGAUGCCCCGGAAGGACGAUGGCCUUGGCAAGUCAGCCUGAGGACAGCGAAAGAGGGCCACAUAUGCGGGGGCUCCCUCAUCCACGAGGUGUGGGUGCUCACGGCUGCCCACUGCUUCCGCAGGCCUCUGAACUCCAGUUUCUACCACGUGAAGGUUGGAGGACUGACACUUUCUCUUACGGAACCCCACUCAACCUUAGUGGCCGUGAGGGACAUCUUUGUGUAUCCCACCUACCUCUGGGAAGAUGCGUCUAGCGGAGACAUUGCUCUGCUGCGGCUGGACACUCCUCUGCAGCCCUCUCAGUUCUCUCCUGUCUGCCUCCCACAAGCCCAGGCUCCUCUCACCCCUGGGACUGUCUGCUGGGUAACAGGCUGGGGGGCUACCCACGAAAGAGAGCUGGCGAGUGUCCUCCAGGAGUUAGCUGUGCCUCUCUUGGACUCAGAGGACUGUGAAAGGAUGUACCACAUCGGGGAGACCAGCCUGUCAGGGAAGAGAGUCAUCCAGUCAGACAUGCUCUGUGCUGGCUUUGUAGAAGGCCAGAAAGACUCCUGCCAGGGUGACUCUGGGGGCCCACUUGUCUGUGCCAUCAAUAGUUCUUGGAUCCAGGUUGGGAUCACCAGCUGGGGUAUUGGCUGUGCUCGGCCAAACAAGCCUGGUGUCUAUACUCGGGUGCCGGACUACGUAGACUGGAUUCAGAGAACCCUGGCGGAGAACCACUCUGAUGCCUACGGAUGCCGCUCCAGAGCCUCUGGGGCAUAUCCAAUACUGCUGCUGGUGUUGCUGGCGUUUGCCUUGCCAGAGUCCCUGUGAAUCGUGAGCUCUAGAGUUCUGGAUCCUCUUCUGCUGGGCUUGGAGACUCAGGAGCUCAAAAUAGACACUGAGCAAAUGAACCUGGAAUGGAGGUCUUGCAGGUGACAGCCUGGGAGGUUUGGAGGCCGCAGUGACUCACGGAGCUUAAGGACAUAGUAAUUCGGAACACAGGGACACAUCCUAUCAAAGUCAAGCAGCCACCUACAUGUCACUUAACACAGGCCUGGUACGUGUCAGCUCUACUUGGACCAACUCUUUUUUUUGGUCACACAACAGUGCUGCAGUUGGGAAGUAGAGAUACUCAGAGAGGGCAUGCGAGCUUCCUAAGGUCACACAGCUAGCUGCUAGGGUAGAAUCUCCAUUAAACAGGCAUGGAUGGUCUAUGCUCUAGCCUAGAGGGAAGCCUCACUGUAUGGCCCAUGCUGGCCUCAGCCUCCCAAAUGUAUCUUUUAAAGACACGCAUCACCACACUUGGCUUCUGUUCUUCACUCAUAACGCACCAUUGUUCUGGGAGAAAAGAAUUCCUUUGACAUGGAACCGGAAAGGUGGCCUAGCAGUUCAGAGACUUCCAGAGCACCAGCGCUUACAGCGGCACGAGGUCCUCUGAGGUCAUACACACAUGAUUCGCAAACACUCGCACAAUUAAAAAUAAACUAAUUUUUAUAAAGAUU